AAGGCCCAGUUGCCGGCGGGAUUCCCUGCGGGCCGUAGCGGGGCCCUCCUCCGCGCGGGGAGCCCUGCGUCGUGUCUGGUUUGUGCCCAUACCCAAGCCGGCCCCAGGCUUCAGGGUGGUCCCUGGCAGGUUUCUGCAUUACCUGUCCAUAACUAUUCCUGACUUGAUGCAGAGGUGGGUUGUAAAGAUGAACUGCCCUAAGGAUCAGAAAACCUACAGCAGGGCAAGCUGAAAGGACACCGUGUUCCAAAUGGCGCCCGUCUGGGUGUCCCGGUCGCCUCUGGGGAGCCAUUUCCAAGCACAUUCUUCAGUCCUGUUUCUCAGCAUGAGCACUUUAUAUUUCCCAAGAGUCAGAUUCAUGCUGUGUUAAAAAAACGGAAGUUAAAAGAAGUGUUUGAAAUGCAUGUGUGUAAAUGUAAUGCUCAGGAAAUUCACUUUCCAGAGUCAGGACUGAUUUAGGAUGACUCGUGCUCAGAUUGCAGACCCAGCACAGGGUUGGUCCUGGUUUGGAUGUUUAAGCCAAUCCUUUUCUUGCUGGUAAGUUUCUCAUUGUCAAAGCUGCUGCUGCCCGUGAGCCCGUGAACAAGAAGCCAAGGAUCCGGCCUACUGUUUGUGUGAGCGUGGCCAAGAAGGGAAAGGCUUGGAAUGGGGAAGGAAAAAGGCAGAGCUCACGCAUCAGCUUUUAGCUUCAACACAUGCAAAGUUCAAACCUGGAAAAUAUCCUGCAGCAGUGAUCAGACUGGCAAAGAAUGGCGCCGAUGUGAACGCCAAGGACAUGCUGAAGAUGACGGCCUUGCACUGGGCGACCGAGCACAACCACCGGGAGGUUGUCGAGCUGCUGGUCAGAUAUGGGGCCGAUGUUCACGCUUUCAGCAAAUUUGACAAAUCUGCCUUUGAUAUUGCUUUGGACAAGAACAAUCCAGAGACCUUGUUGAUCCUGCAGGAGGCGAUGCAGAACCAGGUCAACACCAACCCAGAGAGGACAAAUCCAGUGCCCAGGUCCGUGACGGUCGGGCAGCCGUUCCUCCUGGCCUCAGGCGAGGUGCUGAGUUUGGCCAGCCUUGUCUCUGCAGCAAACCCCAAAACAACCCCCGCAGGAGAGCCACGCAUCUCCACCGUGCAGUUUCCAAACUCAACAACUUCAGUGCUGGUCACUUUGGCGGCUAUCGCAGAAGCCUCCGGCCCACUUUCCAAUUCGAACAGAGCUCCAGCCAUCUCUGAGGAAGUGGCGGGACCCACUUCGGUGGACUCCCCCCUCCAGCGCGCAGGCAGCAGCGGGGGGCAGCGCGUCAUCACAAUCGUGACGGGUGGGCCCCUAGGCCACCUGCAGGCAGCGGGGCGCCUCGGGCAGCCGCUCAUCGUGACCAUGCAGAACGGGCAGCAAGUUCUAACUGUGCCUGCUGGUCAGGUUGCAGAAGAAACUGCCCUCGAGGAACCAGGUGAAGACGCCCACCUGGUGGAGGAAGCGGAGCCCCCCGCGAAGAAAAUCAAGGUGGAAGAAGAGGCGGGCAACCUGGAUGCAAGCCAGUUGUUCCCUCAGGACACCGGCGAAAGAGAGAUCCUGCAGCAACAGCUGCAGGAAGCCAACCUCAAAGCUCAGGAAUACAGGAGCCGGCUGAUGAAGAAGGAGUGGGAAGCCGAGCAGUACCGGAGGAAGCUGGAAGCUGUGGCCCGGGAGCAAGCCGGCGGGACGGAGGGAGGCGCUGUGGGGGGGGGCGGGCAAGGUGGGCUUGGCUGGCGGGUCAGCGGAAGGAACCAUCGGCUCGGCGGCAGACGGGAAGCUCCCGGCAGACGUCGCGGAGGAAACGGCCACGUCGUAACUGCGUCCACACUGCCGCUUUCCCCCACCCCGUCGUGCUUGUCCCGGAAAGAUGGGAACGGCGAAGGCGGCGGCAUUUCUUGGACUCUGCGCGAGCCCCUCAGAGCCUGGACAAAACCACCUGUGCAGGCCAGUUCCGGGAGCAGCUCAGGCCCCUUCUCAAAAAAUGUUGCAGCCCCUGGAGUGCUGCGUUCCCUUCAGGACAGGGCUCGAAGCAAGGAGGGCAGAAAUGCCUCCCUUUUUCUAACCUCCUGACUUGCAAAGAGCCGAUCUCGUCACAGCAGCCUGGAGUGCCUCUGUGGUCACCGGCAGAGCCCCUCUCUCGGGAUGCAGUGCCCUCCACGCGCGUCGCUCGGGAAACAGAGCCCAGGUGCCUCCGCUCGCCUGCGCAGCAGCCCCCAGAGGGCUGGCUCGGGCUGGCAGAGGCGCCUCGUGCGCAGCAGCGAGGGGGCCUGCACACCCCAGUGGCAGGAAAGCCAGCCAGCCCCUCCGGCGCAGGGGCGCUGGACCUUUUCUUCCGUCGCCGUCUUGCGCUUGGGCCUUGACCUCUGCAGCGCCUCUUUUGCACGCGGGGAGCUUCAAAUGCAGUCAGGGAAUACUCGGGGUUCCCUGCCACGUGUACACACUUUAAAAUGGGCUUACCCAGCAGCCCGGGUGCUGCAGUGGGCAAUGAAGAGGCGCGAGCUUUUGAGAUUUGCAAGUGUUUGUGUGGUUUUGCACAGCCGUGGACGGAGCUUUGGGGAGCGUGUGGAUGUGUGGUGAGCGGUUACGGUGCAUGGAAGCGAAUGAGGCUCCGCUCAGCAAGGUGGCUGGCGGGGCAGGGGAGGCCGCCCAGAGCGGUGUCGGCAGGAGCGUUGCCUGCUCAGUGUGUGCGCCGCCCCCUGGAUCGUGUUCGUGCAGUUCCCCUUCUGCCCAGGCAUGACCUCCUUGGAAGGAGAUGGGAGAGAAACGGGUGCGGCAGCCACAAAGGGGACCCUUGCAGCUACAAUCUGAAACCUCAGGGAUCUGUUCACACCACCAGCUGCCAUCCAGGAGCAGCCGCGCUCAUUUCGGCCGCCUCCUUUCUUGCAAUCCAAGAGUUCAGUUGAAGGGGGCAGCCACGGCAAGCGUUCUUCCUUCGUUCGGGCAACAGCGGUGGGGCCGUGGCUUGGCCCCGGCAGCCGAUGCCCCCCGCUGUCUGGCAAAAAGGGGCGCUGCGGGCCACUGGGGGCCCCCUGCAUACCAGCAGCUGGCCUGUGCAUGGAUUUCCUUUCCUGCAGAGGGAGGGAAACCUGCCAGGCGAGGGGACAGUGGAAGGCCGCCUCCUCUCUCAGAAGGGCGAUCUUGCAAGACUAGGAACGCUGGUUGUAAGUCGGGGUGCGUGGCUCUCCCAGCAGCUGCCCGGCUGCCCCUGACACUGGUGGCAGGCCGAUCGCCGUGGCCACCUGCAGCCACUGGUAGCCCCACCCCACGUGAAUCGGUCUGGCCUUCGAAAGGUGCCCAGGUUGGUGCCCUCCCCACUUGCCCGCUGGAUCACAAUAAAUGAGCCAUAGAAGUAAAGACGAACCCCACAUUUUAUGAAGAACCUUCCAGCAGUGAGGAUGUAUAAACAUUGUAGUCCUGUGUUUAAAAAACCCCCAACCUAUUUAUUUAACAUUAAUCUGCUUUUCUAUAAGCCUUUUCACUUUCCAACUGCAAUUGUGCAGCAGUAUUGUAAGAUCUCAAGGUAGCACCUUCAUCUUUUGCAUUUGCCGUGCCUUACUGAUCGCGGGAAAGAGAAGGUGGGCGCAGAGGGACCCCCUCCGGUCAGCAGCACAGUACUGCUGCUCUCUCUUACCCAAGGAAAACUUUUUUGCAAGACCUGUGCACUCAGGCCGUCGGCCAUUCCAAGUGCCGUGCCAAGCUGCAGAUGGUGCUAUUUUGAAAAAAUAGCUUUAUUUACAGGCUGGCUUGUUUAGAAAAAGUAUAUUUUAUAUUUUAGGGACUUUGACCCAAAAUGUUUAUUUUACAAUUCUAUCUCGUUCCUUUUUUUUGUACUACCAUUUGGUUAAUAAAAUUCCGAAGUCAUA